GCCUUAGCUGCUUGCUCUGAUAACCGUUUCAAAGAACUGGUGGAUAAAGCUACUUCUCCAGCUAACAUUUUUAUCUGCUCACGGAAAAGAAAAGAAUCAGCAGUAGAGAUACUAUCUACUUUUCUACUGAUUGAUUUCCUCGAAGCAUCUUUUGUGUCACUAAACAUAACUUUGCGUUGUGAUGAUUUUGUUGAUGAAGCAGCUAAGCAUCCCUCUCCCCUUGUUCCUUUUGUAAUCCUUGACUAUAUCAUCAAGACUUACGGCAUCUCCCUUACCAUCCAUAGAAACUUCAGAAUCAAUACUUCCAGCUUCUUCAUCAAUCAUGCUUUCUCGUUUUCUACCAGGCAAACAAUGGAUUUUGUUUUCAGUACCUCAUCUUCUCCGAAUGAAUGCCUGCGCCUGUGGCUUAGCUUUUCGAGGAUAUCUGGUUGGAGAGUAGUUUUGGUUGAAACCAAGAUUAAC